ACCGCUGCCCGCCGAGGAGCCCAUGGACUUCCGGGAGGAGGGUCCCGAGGUGGAAACGCCCACCAUCUUCAUCAGCAUGCAGGAGGAAGAGGAGGGUUCAGGUGGAGAUGGGUCCCUGUUGGACUCCAGCGUGGAGGGGCCCCUACCUGCGAAGGAAGCGAAGAGCAAGGAGGCGGGAGCCAGCAGCGCCGCUGAUGAGGGAGCCGAGAGCAAGUCAGAGAGCCUCACGCCGGACGAGCCGGUGCCCGGCGGGCCCCAGCCCGUCAGCCAGCCGGAGGAGCUGCCAGAGCCGGGCGCGGAGCAGGAGCAGAAAGCAGAGAGCUGA